AACCUUAUAUACUGAUGUUGACUGUAAUCGUAUUUUCGAAGGCUCUCUUUAUCGACUUGAUUGGAGCCAAAAACUAGUGCUCAUUUGGUUCGACAGAGAAUGAAAACAAGGCUUAGUUCCAUAUAUGAGUGACAUGUACUUAUCCAUGGGAGUACUUAUCAAUGGGAGAUCGUUAAUCAUCUUUUUUAAUAUAAAGCUUCACAUUUUGAUUCGUUUAACAAUUGUUAUCCUGUUCAUUGUUCAUUUACUUUUAACACUUCAUUACUAAAAUGUCAAGGAUGUCGAAAUAGGCAAUAAACGUUCCCUAUCCUUGCAGGUUGUCUUGAAAACAGUGACAUAUUUUGUCUAAGAGCACCUUGUUAUAUGCGAGCUCUAUCAGACAGAGAGUCGGAACCACAGGAAAUGGUUUCUCCUGUGACUUUAGGAACACUCAAGAGCGGAACCCUGACAAUGUAGCACCUAUUAAAGACAUUUUCUAGUCUUAUAUUAUUGAUAAGAGUACUGCCAAGAUAUUAUUUCUUGGAAGCUUUUGCAGUGAUAUCGGCGGGGUGUUAUAUGUUCGACAACAAAAAAAAUUAUGAACCCUGCUUUGUUCCUUGUCCUUUGACUAGACAGCUAGCUGCGAGCGUGAAAUUAAAAGAAAAGCAUUAAAAUAUUAAGUUUUAUCUUUGUGAAUGCCACAGCCUCUAACAACAGGUUAAACGAGGCAUGUGAAUCUUUCGAAAAGCAGAAUGACUCCCACGAGAGAAAACAAACAUAAGACCUGCUUCCAAAGCUUUGUUGCACUGAAUAAAAUCAACGAAUAAAAAAGAUAAAAAGUUUGCGCUGAAUUAGGGUCCUCCUCUAAAUAAAUAAACUCAAGAAAUGUAAUUCUGCUGUUGAGAACUCACAAAGCCAAUGUUUGUUGAGCGGCUUUGCUCACGCCAUGAUUUCAGUUAUAAAGUACUUUUUAUGCAGUUAUGCUCUGCUCUCGGAUUGUUUUGAUGCAGAUAGUGUCCCUCCCGUGAACAAUUCGAGCACAACCUAGCUCUAUAGGUACUCAUAAAUGAAUUUUUAUGGUCAACACCUCCAAGUUUUAAUAUAUGUACAACAUAAUGGCGCAAUUGAAUAAUUAGAAUGUUUCGCCUGGUACAUUAUCUUUUAAAUCUGCCGCAACGACUACAAUUUUACAUAAAACGACGUAAUCUUCACAGAACAAAUACUAAUAAAAUUUUUAAGAUUUUUUUAAACGUGAAUUUUACCCCACCAGCCAGCGAAUCAUAGCAAAAUAAGAUUGUUUACUCUCCUACAGCUGAAUUAUAGACAUCAGAGAACGACCGCUUAUAUGAAUAUUUAAAAACCACGUGCGUACUUUCCCGAGAGACCAAUAUCUCCCACGCAUUGUUCUCAUCACCAACACAGCGGAGGUAGAGCCGCCGAAACCCGCUCUCUUCUCGUUCUUGGUAAGAUUACCAUUGGGAACAAAAAAACUAGAAAUGCGUUCGUUUUUGGUCGUUUUGAUUGUUGUGUUUACAGUUCUUUGUGGCUGUACCGUUGGCGGGGCUAUUUUUGACAGCGAUUUCGAUAUUUGCGCCCACGAAGUGAUUAAAGCAGACACUGGAAACGUGUCGCUCAAAAUUUCGUCUUUUGAAUCUGGUUCUCUCGACUGUCGCCGCGUUAUUCAAGUGAACAAUGGACGAAUUAAGUUGACCCUGCACAAGUUUAAUACCGAAGAAACUGAUGUUUUCGACGUAUAUGACGGUUCAUCAACUUCCAAGAAAAUAAGCCAGAGAAAACAAGACAAACAGCCGGUUUCAUAUGAGAGUGCAGGUAAUACGAUAUUACUUAGUUUCAAAGCAGAUUCCUCCAAGAAUUCCGCAAGAGAAGUCUAUGCUAGUUUUUCCGCAAUUCCCUUCCAAGAUUCUUGCAACUGUCGUAGUGUUCCUAAGGGGACUUUGCAUUGCCGAGAGAGUUCAAGCGAGAGAAGCUGUUCAGUGAAGUGUUCAAACGGUACUGCCAUCGUUGGAGAAUCUUCCAAUGCUUACAGCUGUGAUUUACUAAGUGGAAAAUGGAACAACGAUAUUCAUUCCCACCAUCUCAGCUGCCAGCCUUUUAUUAUGCCAUCUGGAAUGUGGGGAAGACUAAACAUCACCUACGAUUCAAAUGUAUGCGAGUUUCUCAAUAAGAGUUUUAUAACCAAACAAGUACGUGACGCUUUGAACGUCAGUGAUAGUUCAGGGGGGUGCUUUAAAGGAGACGGGUCGUGUGUGAUGUACUCAAAUUAUGUGGUACAUUGUCAUAAGGAGGAAAAUAGAGAUAGUCGCUUCGGUGUCACGGUCAUACUUCAGGAUUAUUUAACCAACUCCCCAAGUAAAGCAGUUGCAGCGCUAAAUGCCACGUACUAUAGACUGUCGCUUAACGAUUUGGGAGACAAGCUGAGAAUCAGUAGAGGCAACCAAAGCUUCCCUAUUACUGGUAUUGCAAUGGACCACCCGGUACCUACCUGUGAAUAUGGAUGGAUCUUGAUAAAACAUCCGGUGACCUUGGAUUACCCAAUCUGCUCAACGUGUCCCCAAGGACAUAUUUAUAAUUCGGAGGCGCGAGGCUGCCAAAAAUGUCCCGAGGGACAGUCUGCGCCCGCAGGUGCGAAUGUCAGCAGUUGUUCCGCAUCAGACGAUAAAGUCCCGAUGGUGCCUUUGCAUGUCUCUUGUGAUAAUACAUGCAUGGAAGGCAAAGAAUUGGAUUCAAAGUCGGGACAUUGCCAGUGGUGUCCUGAGAACACCUACCAGAAUUCAAGCGACACGCUCAAUCCCAAAUGCACUUUGUGUCCGGACGGGAAAAAGACGCCAUUUACUGGCGCAAAAUCGAGAAAAGAUUGUUACACGCCUUGCAACAAGGGGAAUUUUUUCAGUGUAGCUACCUUCAAAUGCGAGCCGUGCCCUCUGGGAACGUAUAUGGAAAAGGAUAAUCAUAUGAUCACUGGCUGCAAUUCGUGUAUAGGCAAAAAAGUGACGUCAGCAACCGGAACUUUAUCAUCAAAGGAUUGCGUGAUCCCCUGCAAGGCUGGAUAUUAUUACUCUGUAGAGGUUGGUAAUUGCACGGCCUGCAAAAAAGGGACCUAUCAGGAAAAUGCAAAUCAGAAAAAUUGUACCUCUUGCCCAGCUGGUAAAACUACACUCAGUCAAGCCUCAGAGUCUAGCAAAUCUUGUAUCCAAAUCUGUUCAAAAGGGACCUUUCUGGACAAGGACAAUGAAUAUGCUUGUAAGCCGUGCCCUAAAGGGACCUACAUGGACCUAGAAGGGCAUGUUGUGGAAACAUGCAAGAAAUGCAGCGAUAAGAAGUCGACAGUCAACCCUGGUGCGAAGUCGUCAAGUAGCUGUGAAUACACCUGUACCCCCGGGCAGUAUUUUGAUACCUUGAAGGCAAAUUGCAUGACAUGCCCUGAAGGAACCUAUCAGAACGAAGUGGGUAAAGUAAAUUGCACAAGUUGUCCCCCCGGUCUUGCCACCCUGACUACAGGAAGUACAAACAAAGAAGACUGUAGAAAAAUAUGUGGCAAGGGGGAGUUCUUCAACAUGGAUAAGUCCAGUUGUGACCAUUGCCCACUCGGAACGUAUCAAGAUCUCGAGAAGCAUACCAACACUUCCUGUGUAUCUUGCCCAAGCAAGAUGUCAACCAAAUCUGGUGCCACAAACAAGAGCGCAUGCAUCAGUUUCUGUGAUUCUUUACCUUGCGAGGGUGGCGAGUGUAAGGAGGCUGGGAACAGGUUCGUGUGUAUGUGCCCUUCAGGGUUAACAGGCAAGAGGUGUGAGACCGUGGCAGAGGUUGAGAAAAUGGAGAAAGUUAAAAUGUCGGUGCGUUUCACCGGGAUGCAGUGGAAAGACAAGAUGUCGCAAAAGGAUAGUAUGGAGUACAAACAGACAAGGAGCAAGAUAGAGUCUGCUAUCAACAAUGUGGUUACCAAAGAAGUCAAAGCCGUGAAGGUGACUAACCUGAAAAAGGGAAGUGUCGUUGCCGAGUUUGACCUCUAUAUGGAUAAGAGCAACUCAUCACUUGUUCCCGCAAAAACCUUACAAUCCGCCGUGAUCCAAGGCACCAUCGAUGGACUUCCUGUGGAUUCUGAAUCUCUUCGUCUCCUUGACGUUAGUUGUCGUCAAGCACUCGGAAUGGAAAGUGGUCGCAUAGCGGAUGACCAGAUCACAGCCUCAUCCUUUGCAAAAGAAAAUGCCCCAAAUAGAGGUCGUCUGCACAAUGCCAAGGGCUGGUCAGCGGAGGAAUCAAACCCCAGCCAGUACCUCCAGCUCCGUCUACAUCGCGCGGUCAACAUUACAGGCCUGGUGACUCAGGGUGCUUCAGGGGGUUACGUCACUCUUUUUACAAUCUCGUACAGUGCGAACGGAGCUUCCUGGACGCCAUACAAUAAGAAUUUUACAGCAAACAAUGAUACCGAAACCGAAGUAGGCAGUAACAUCCAGCCACCAAUCAACGAUGUCAAAUACAUCCGGGUGUUACCAAUAUCCUGGGUCUCUAAAAUUGGCAUGCGCAUCGAGUUCUACGGUUGCGCUUCAGACCCAGUCCUCAGACCUGCGGAUUUGCCUACCCCGCCGAUUACAGCCAAGCCACCGGGGGGACCGGACACGACCACCGACCCAAAUAUGGGUGCAAGCGGGAAAAAGAAGGAGAGUGAGUACUCGUGGGGGAAGUACCUUGGAAUCGCGUUUGGGGUCCUGAUGGUUCUUGGAAUCACCAUCGCUGCUGUCUUCUGGUGCCGGAGUUCCAGGAAGAAAGCUGAACGCGAAAAGUCUCCUCUAGUGUUGACACGAAUGCAGGAUGCCAAUUAUAAAGUGAUCGAGAAAAACGCUGAUGAGUACGACGAAGAGGACGUGGUGUGAGUUAACACCUGCUUGGCGUUGCAGCAGAGACAAAGCUGAUUGGACGACCACACGAACUGCAUGGUGGGAUGUGUGUGUUUCCAGUCCCUUUCAAAUCUCUUUCUCAUCACCGCUGGACAUAUGAUGUUUCCUGGACAACACCAGAUAACCCUUGGAUUGGCUUGGGUUGUUCUGCCACAUUUUGGUGUCUUUUUAUAAGCUCUCACAACCACGUCAUAGCACCAUUGUUAACCCAACAGUUCGCCUCACGCUUAUAGAUAUUGUAGGGAAAAAAAUGCAAUUUUCAAAUUUUGUUUUGAGAUGAUAUGUAGUGGUAGAUGUGCGCUGACCAUCGGGUAUAAUCAGGAACUAAAUUUAAAAAGGAUGUUUAUUUUGGUGCAGAACAAAGCCAAAAGAGUCGCAGUUACAGCUUCUUGACAUUUUAGAACAGAUAGUUCGAUAUCUAAUAAACGUUCUUUAUUGAUAGAACAUUUAUGAAAAUAGUCAAAUCACUUCUAUUGCACAGAUAAGUUAUCCAUGUAGUCUUUCUAGUGAUGGAAUCCCCCACCCCCCUCAAUGUUUUGAGGCUGGUAUUUUAGGAGUGUAUGCUUUUUUGUACAUAGAUCUAGAGAUUGUGAAUGUUGUUUGAUUGAAGAGAUUUCUGAGUAUUCACAUCCCGCUGACCGAUCUGUCUAAUAGGUCGUGUAUUCACAUCCCGCUGACCGAUCUAUCUAAUAGGCCGUGUAUUCACAUCCCGCUGACCGAUCUGUCUAAUAGGUCGUGUAUUCACAUCCCGCUGACCGAUCUGUCUAAAUAGGUCGUGUAUUCACAUCCCGCUGACCGAUCUGUCUAAUAGGUCGUGUAUUCACAUCCCGCUGACCGAUCUGUCUAAUAGGUCGUGUAUUCACAUCCCGCUGACCGAUCUGUCUAAUAGGUCGUGUAUUCACAUCCCGCUGACCGAUCUGUCUAAUAGGUCGUGUAUUCACAUACCCCAGACCGAUCGGUCUAAUAGGUUGUGUGUUCACAUACCGCAGACCGAUCUGUCUAAUAGGUCGUGUAUUCACAUACCGCAGACCGAUCUGUCUAAUAGGUCGUGUAUUCACAUACCCCAGACCGAUCGGUCUAAUAGGUUGUGUGUUCACAUACCGCAGACCCAGCUUAGAUAUUCUGUCAGUUGGCUGCUGUAGUAUUAUUUAUUGUGAUAGCUACAUACUAUGUAAAGAAAGUGAAUGCUUAUUUUAUCUAUUGAAAAAAGACAAAUAAACACACAUACUCUGUGA